AUGGCCGGAGGAGGCGCAGAGGAUAGGCAAGUGGAUGAUGCCCUAGGCUGGUUUUCCCUGGAGGAUAGGGAGAGAUGGAUGUUGAUGGGAGCCGCCAGAGGGAGGAUUGCAGUAGUUGGUAUAAAGAUAGAAGAGCAGAGAGAAGAGCUCCCUGUUUUCAUCCUCGAGCACAAGGUGUUGGCAGACGGCAGUUUGGCUUUGGGGGUGACUUCAUUGGGGACCCGAGAUCCGAAGGUAUCCAGGAAGUUGACGAACCUGAACAAGCUCCUGCCCGACAUUCAUGUUUGCAUAGACUCCCCUUGUUCGGUAGCUGGAAACUUCCUAUGUCAUUGCGAACAGUUAGAGUUGUGGCAUGCACCGAACUUCAAUGGAGCCGAGAGGCUGGGAGGCACAGGCAGGAAGCGUUGGGCUCAACUAUGCAUGGAGAUCUUUGGGAUCGACGUGUACGCCUUGGAGGAUGUGAGAGCAGGCCGAGGUGCAGAGGAAGAGGAAGAGCGUGCAAGCGCCUUGAGAGAAGGAGGGAUUCUAGGUCAAGGAGAUCGAGGAAAGAGGCAGCGAGAUGCUCAUGUCAGCUUCGUUGGGGACGACUUGAAGGAGAGUCUGAAGAAGACCGACAACGCUGCACCCACUGCCCGUGGCUCAGAAGGAUCCAAGAAGCGAGACGCCGAGAGCUCUGCGCCAGUCGAGAAGAAGAAGACUCCUGGGCCAAGGACCUUGGAGUUGGAGGUACUACAUCGAGCAGCAGGAGAGGCGCGAUCGGACGACUCGGACGACAGCGAGGACGACGAUGGAGGGAGCUCAGACUACUCGACAGAGGACGAGAGAAGCGAGGAGAAGAAGGCGAGAAGGCUUCAGGCACCUUUGAAGCGGCGCAGCCAAGAAGAAGAAGGGGAGCGUGAUCACGCUCUUGCUGGAACAGAUAGCCGAGCAGCUACCUCACUCGUGACACUACGGCAGAGGAUUUCAGCCGGCCAUCCAGCCCUACGCGAAUUGUACCUCUUGGCCGCCGUGAUCGACAAGGCCAUUGCGUUUACAGAGCUUCAGUUGGCGGCGCAGAGACACAACAACAUGGUAGCCAAGGCUGACCCCCACUACGUUUGGACAGUCCAGCACAUCAAGAAUGAUUUGGACUCCAGGGACAUUGGAUAUGCUGGUGAGGAGGUGUUCACCUUUCGAGGUAUCCCCGUGAAGAACGGCAUGUUUGGUGUCGUUAAACCGGGGCGCGCAGUCAAUGGAGUGGAAACACUCCGAGUCAUCAUGAAUCUCAUCCCAAGUAAUGCUCUCCACAAGGUGAUUGAGGCCUCGGUGCAUCGACUACCUUCCAUCUCACAGUGGACUUCUAUAUUCUUGGGACGCCAGGAACACCUUGAGAUCAGUCAAGCAGACAUCACGUCUGCUUUCUACUUGUUUGAACUCCCAAGCUGUUGGUGUAGGCGGCUGGCGUUCAAUCUAGAUAUGAAAGGAAAGGACAUCGGGCCUGACUUUGACGCAGACACCACCUACACCCUAUGCGCAAGGGUACCCCAAUGGGGGGAUGACCUGUUACGGGCUAUGGUGGCCCGGACUUUAGAAGCGGAGGAUGUCAGUUUUGGUGCUUUGCUCCUCUUGGGGUACUUCGGGCUGCUGCGGACCGGUGAACUGGUUGCUUUAAGGAUUGGAGAUAUUCGAGUGUCAGAGGCUUCCCCCAAAACUAGUGCACGGCGAGGUCAAGGAGAGCAUGUUGUGAUCCGGGAUACCAGUGUUAUUCAGUUCAUUAGGUGCCUUCUCAGGCUCCGGACGGCGAAGCAUGAGGCCAUUUGGAGUUUCUCGCCACAAAAGUUCCGUGAUCUUUUCGCUGACUAUGUCAGCUUCUUCCGUUUGCAGUCGUACGGAUACCGUCCUUACUUGCUUAGUUCCAUGCGCUUGUUGGCUUCAAUUCGCCUUGAUGAAAUCAACGCAAGCUGGAAUUUCUUCCAGGGAAGCGUGGAAAGGACCCCCAAAGGCGAAGCCAUGAAAAUAGCCGGCGCUGAGGCAUGUGUCUUCAGCCUUUGUGGGGUUUGGGCCCAUACCACGGCUCAGAACGAUCGGCUUCAAUCCUCGAUCCAGGAGCUCGACCUUCGGAUGCUGGUGGAUAAGCAGCAUGUGGAGACGGGUGCCUCGCGUUUCACCGUCUAUUGUAUUCAGAAUCUUAUUAGCCAGCGGAGUACCUCUUCGGGUCAGCUGCAACGGCUGGUCGGAAAGCUUAGAGAGAUGGCCAUGGGCACGAUGCAUUUGCUUGAAGAGGAGGCACCUGGGCAAGAGCUCCGCCACGUCAGUGCCUUCCCAGAGAAGGGUUCGACACCGGCAUCCACAGACCUCCAGGUCUUGCUAGCCCUUGAGUCCUGCUGUCACGGCUCGGAUGGUACGCUUCUGCCGGGCGCGGACGACACCGCGUCACGGCGGAGCUCCACAGAGCUCGCUCUCCACGUCCGCGUUGGGCGUAGCGAUCAGGUGAUCCACCUCUUCCGGAAGCACGUGAUGCACAUGGACACCGUGACCAAGACGCGGCUGGUGGAUGCGCUCCAACGGCAGCACGACUUCUACGCGAACCGGCUCCAACAGGAGUUGGUGGUGGAGUUGCUGGAGAGCACCACUGGGGACGAGCUUCGGAUGAUGAAAGACAUCCUGGACGAGGGUGGAGACUUUUACAACCUACACAAGCUGGUCUUCCACGAUCUGGACCCUGAGAUGCAUUCCAGGGUGCUGAGCCAUAUCCAGCAGCAGGGGCGCCGUCUGGCCAAGCAGUACGACCCGGGGCAGGCGCCCAUGAAGAUUGUGAGUGACGUGGACGACACCCUCUAUGGGAGCGGUGGACACUUCCCGGCGGGCUGCGAUGAGCGGUUUCCCCGGCAUCAGGUGUACCCUGGCGUCCUGGCUUUGUUUCGGGAGAUCACGGCCCAUCGCGCGGCCCAGCAGAGAGAGAAACCCAAGGAGAGGAACACCAGCAGCUGUUCCGCCACGGGAAGCUUGUGGACAGAAGUGCAUAGAACUGGGGAAGCAAUCGAAAGAUUGACACCCCUCCAUGUUUUCCACCACCCCUGCAUUUGGAGAAUUUUUGUUUUUGCUCUUGGAUAUUCAUGUUCAGCCACUGGCACCACUAGAUAA